CGUCGCUCAGGGGCGGCUGUCGGGGUUCGGGUGGGAGGAGGGGGAAGCGGAGUGAACAUGAUCGCUGGCGCUCGGUGUUGGCCGCCCACGGGAUGGAGUUGGACGAUGCGUUCGCGUCGGCGGGCGAGUUCGGGAGGUACCAGAAGCGGCUGACCUGCCUGCUGGUCCUGCUGCAGAUUUAUAUUGCAUGCCAGUCAAUGCUCAUUGUACUUGUGGGAGCCCAGCCUGAAUACAAGAUAAACUCUGAAGUAGUGUCCAACCAUCAUGAGGAAAUGAUUAAGCAGAUCACAUUUGAGGACGAUUUCACCUCCAUUGUAACUGAGUGGCACCUAAUCAAUGAUGAAGCGUACAAAGUCAGCUUAUCUGGAUCCUUGUUCUUUGUUGGGGUUCUUAUUGGUAACAUCGUGUUUGGGCCCCUGUCUGACAAACUGGGGAGGAAACCAGUCUUUCUAGCAGGUUUGUUCCUCGAUGUUGUGUUUGGAUUUGUUACAGCAAUCGCUCCAACGUAUGAAAUCUUUGCUGCAACUCGGCUGAUUGUUGGGAUUAUGAAUGGUGGAAUGUCGCUCGUGUCCUUCGUACUGACACAGGAAUAUGUGGGAAAAUCCUACUGGGCAUUAACAGGGUCACUCACUAAUUUGGUAUUUGCGAUUGGGAUUGCUUUGUUUUCCGUAAUCGGCUAUUACAUCAGGGAUUGGCGAGCUCUGGCUGCUGCAGCAAAUUCCCCUGGAGUGCUGUUUUUCCUGUUUUCUAUUACGCUUCCAGAAUCUCCAAGGUGGCUGUAUUCGCAUGGGAAGACUGAGAAAGCAGAGGAAGUGCUGCAGCAUAUUUCAUUAAGAAAUGGAAAUGCCAAAACCAUCUUCAAACUAAAACCAUGUGCUGGGGCAAUGCACACUAGUGGGCCAGCACCUGGCCUUCUGGACUUGGUAAAACAUCCAAUAUUACGACGGCGAACAGUCAUCCUGAUGUAUGUUUGGUAUGUUUGCAGUCUUGUAUAUUAUGGCCUGACAAUGAAUGCUGGACAAUUAAAAGGCAACCGAUAUCUUAACAUGGCAAUGUACGGCCUUGUGGAAGUGCCAGCAUUUCCCCUUUGUAUGUACUUCAUUGACAAAUCUUGGUGUGGACGACGUAAAACAAUGGCUGCAUUCCUGCUGUUUGCAGGGUUUGCCUGUCUAGGUACCAUGUUUGUACCCAGUCAACUGGAUUCAGAGAUUGGAUUUCUGCUGAACAUUACCUCAUUGGCAUUAUGUGGAAAAUUAGCUGUCAGUGCUGCCUUCAACAUUGCAUAUGUUUUCACAGCAGAACUUUAUCCGACUGUGAUCAGGAAUGCUGGAUUAGGAGUAUGUUCCAUGUCCUGCAGAAUAGGUGGGAUUUUGGCUCCAUUUGUGCCAUCACUGAGAUCUAUGAAUCCGUCUAUGCCAUUUAUUGUGUUUGGGAUCACUGGAAUGUCGGGAGGAUUCAUGGGGCUCUUUCUCCCUGAAACAUUAAAUAAACCAAUUGCUGAGGCAAUUGAAGAUCUUCAAUGCUUGUCCUAUCAGAGACUAGAAGAAAAAAGGGCAGCGGGAUUACAGGAAAAUUAAAUCAACAAAGAUAACAGUGAAAAAACACUAUGUCCAUAAUUGAAAGAUUUCUGAUAAUGGCUAAUUAGUGCUUUAAAGACAAUGUGCAUUUUUAUAUUGAAUUGUUGAAUAAGAAAAUUUGCAAUAAACUUGCAAUUUAUUUUGUGAAACAUAUUAUAAAUUUCUUAGAUUGGAAAAAAAAACUUUCAGAUAUUCAUUUGUCCAAUAUUUAAGUAACUGGAGGAACAAAGACAAAUCCCUAUGUCUUACAUUUUUUAAUUGUACAGUAUUGCAAACAUUUUUACACUUUUGUAAGAACCAGUUAAAUGUUUACUAUUUUUGCAUGAUUUUCAAAAAUAUAAAUUCCUUGACCAAAGGUUUGUACUUUCAGUUCAUCCGCCCAUGACCCCUGGCUCAGUGCUACUAGGGACCAUGUAUUGAUUAUUCCUAAUCAGGUGUUUGACACAAUUGGGUGUUCGUUUCACUCACUCUUGCCUUUAGAUCAGACAUUGUGAGUUGAGCUCGUAUUCCAGGCUGAAGCUCCAUUACAGCAAAGUCAGAGAUAUUGUUCUUCAGAUGGGAUGUUAACCUGAGGUUUCCAUCCACCUGUUUAGUUGUUAAAUGUCCAAAGACACUAUUUCAGAAGAGAACAGAGUUUGUCUUAAUGUUCUGACUAAUAAUACUUUAUUGGUCAUUCAUUUCAUAGCUGUUUGUGGGACCUUGUGUGCACAAAUCCCCACAAUUGCUUACGAGUACACAAUCAUUUCACUUCACAGCAAUUACCUGUGAAGCCCUUUAAAACAUAUCGAUUAUAUAUUAGAUGCAAGGAUUGUAAUACACUGUGAACUUUUUGAAUCAGAACACUUAUUUUGACACUUGCAGAAUAGUUUUAAUUUGGUGUCAUCUAGGAUUUGCCUCAGUUUAUUCCUUAUCUCUUUCCUUCCCCAAGCUAUGCAUUGUUUCCUUUAGAGUUGAUGCCAGAGCAUUGUGUGACAUGAACUUCAUCCAUAGCAACUACUCAUUAGCUGACAUAAUGCUUUUGCAGAAGGUCAAAAUGAUUUCCAAUAUUUCUUUCCCCUGAUGGAUUGCAGAUCACAAUAAUAUUCUUGGUUUAGAAGCUUGACUUGAAAACUGGCAAAUCUUGCCACAGUAAUUGUGUAACACAAUAAGAAACCAUUUAACAGUUUAGUUUUCGGUGGGGAAAAUAAUAAUGAUAAUAGUCUUCACAUUUCAUAUAACUCCUUUGACAUCGGGAGGCAUCUCAAGAGUGCUUCACAGGAUAUAUUGUAAAAUGUAUUGAUUAUGUAUUUUGUCGGCGAAAAGGACAACUCUAACUCAACUCGAUGUGCAAGUAGUUAAAGCCUGUCAUCUUUUAUCAGUGUCAUUGUAACACUAGAAUUCUAAUACUCCUUUUUUAAAAAUAGUUACAUUAUUGUGGUGCAAAAGUGUUAGCAUUGAAAGAGUUAACACAUAAGUAAAUACUUCACUUUACAAAACUGCUUUCUUUAGUCAAAGGAUGGUUUAUUUUCAAAGAAAACAUUCCAUGUGUAAAUUUAAGAGAUUAAGUUUGUCAAGGUGAUUCUACUUGUGCGUUAUUUUUUCUGCAUUUUUCUGUUACAAAUGUUUCUGUAAUUAUAUUGGCAUGUAGAAAAUGGUGGAAUAUGGUAAAUUUGCUGUGCAUAUACUGUAUUUGCCAGCUUUUGUUGAAUGAGGAGUGUCAACAUGUUGCAUAUGUUUCUUUGUUGGAAAGAUUGUCCAAAUACAGCCAAAGCUUCGCCAACCUGAAAAGGAACCAAUUUAGUAUACUGCAUUUUUUUUAAUAUAAACUUUGUUCUUUUCUAAAGAUAUUAUUGCAAUUACUUUGUUUAAUCAAUUCUAGCAAAUGUAAUCUCACAUUCCAAUUGCUGAAAAUAGUGUUUGUCAUUUCAGAUAUCCAAUCCCAUCUUGUUUCACAUUUUUACUGGAGAGGAGGAAUUUACCACUAUAUUUGUUUGUACAUGUUAUUCAAUGGAAUGUGGAACAUGCUAAAUAAAAUAAUUAUUGCAAUCAAUA